UUCUUCAUAUUUUACUAACUUUUUGUACCCGUGUGCUUUCUUUCAGGCAAGGGUAUACUGAAGAUUAUUAUACAAAAAGUGGAUGGAGUGAUUAUUAUCCAGGCUAUUACCCAAACUCAUAUGAUUAUGGAGAUCCAAGUCGCUGGGAACGUUACUCAUCAGCUUAUGACCCCAGAUACAGAGAUCCGAGGAGUUACGAUCAGAGGUAUUGGUAUGAUGCUGAACACAAUCCUUACCAGAAGAGGGAAGCGUAUUCAUAUGGCAACAGGCACGACCGAUACGAAGAGAACUGGAGAUACGAUCCGCGUUUUACGGGAAGUUUUGAUGAUGAAUCUGAACCCCACAGAGAUAUUUAUGGCGAUGAAUUUGAUCGACGCAGCGUCCACAGUGAACAUUCUGGUCAUAGUCUGCGGAGCUCCCGCAGCAUUCACAGUCACCAGAGCAGUUUCAGCUCUCGCUCUCAACAAAGCCAGCUGUAUAGAAGUAAUCACGAUCUAACGGCUAAUGCGUAUGAACCUACCGCGCAGGCAGUGUCGCUCCACGCAGAUUACCCGUACGGCGGGUACGCUGCCAACUUUGAGGGACAACAGCCUUUUCCAGACUAUGGCUACGCCACCGAAAGCGGAUGGUCAACCGUCGAACAAGCACCUUUAAGGCCCUCAACACCGGAGAAGUUUUCAGUGCCUCAUAUCUGUACUAGAUUUGGUCCUGGGGGCUUCUUAAUAAAAGUGCUGCCAAACCUGCCUUCAGAAGGACAGCCAGCUCUGGUUGAAAUACACAGUAUGGAGACGAUGUUACAACAUUCUCCAGAGCAAGAAGAGAUGAGAGCAUUUCCUGGUCCUCUUGCUAAAGAUGACACCCAUAAAGUGGAUGUUAUUAAUUUUGCACAAAAUAAAGCUACACAGUGCUUUAAGAAUGAAAAUUUAAUUGAUAAAGAAUCAGCGAGUCUGCUUUGGGACUUUAUUGUACUGCUGUGCAGGCAGAAUGGGACUGUUGUGGGAACAGACCUGGCUGAACUUCUGCUCCGAGAUCAUAAAACAGUUUGGCUUCCUGGGAAGUCCCCUAAUGAGGCAAAUUUGAUUGAUUUCACUAACGAGGCUUUGGAGCAAGCGGAAGAAGAAUCUGGAGAAGCCCAGCUCUCAUUUCUCACCGAUAGUCUUAUAACCACAAUUGACAGUCUUGAAAAAGAGACGGAGAGAUUCAGAGAGUUGCUGCUUUAUGGUCGCAAGAAGGAUGCUCUGGAGUCCGCCAUGAAGCAUGGUUUAUGGGGUCACGCUCUGCUACUUGCCAGCAAAAUGGACAGCAGAACGCACGCGAGAGUUAUGACCAGAUUUGCCAACAGUCUCCCAAUUAAUGACCCUCUGCAGACUGUUUACCAGCUCAUGUCUGGAAGGAUGCCAGCUGCAUCCACGUGCUGUGGAGAUGAGAAAUGGGGAGACUGGAGGCCUCAUCUAGCAAUGGUGUUAUCCAACUUGACCAAUAAUGUGGACUUGGAAUCCAGGACCAUUGCUACCAUGGGAGACACUCUUGCUUCCAAAGGCCUGCUGGAUGCUGCUCACUUUUGUUACCUUAUGGCCCAGGUUGGUUUUGGAGUUUACACAAGGAAGACAACAAAACUCGUCCUAAUUGGAUCAAAUCAUAGCUUGCCAUUUCUUAAGUUUGCCACCAACGAAGCCAUUCAGCGAACAGAAGCCUAUGAGUAUGCACAGUCACUAGGAACUCAGCCUGGCUGCUUGCCCAAUUUCCAGGUUUUCAAAUUCAUCUAUGCUUGCCGACUCGCUGAAAUGGGACUUGCUGCUCAGGCUUUCCAUUAUUGUGAAGUGAUUUCCAGAACUGUCCUUAAAGAUCCACAUUACUAUUCACCAGUACUUAUUGGCCAGCUAAUCCAGGUGUCAUCACAGCUACGCCUGUUUGACCCACAGAUAAAAGAAAAACCAGAACAGGAGUCUUUUAUUGAACCUUCAUGGUUAGUAAGGCUUCGACAUGUGGAUGGACAGAUCAAGGAGGGUGCAAUCGCUUAUAACGCAGACAGAUCCACCCCCCCGCCGUACCCGUGCAGCACGCCCAGCUCUGAGCUAGACCGGGCCAGUCAGUGCGACGGAGCAGGAGUUGGCCGUGACAUGGGUCCAGGUGCUGAAAAUGCCUUGUUGGCAUCCCUGUUACCUGGGAUGGCUCAACAGAUGCAGAGUGUGCAGCUCAUGCCUUCAGUACCUCAGGCUGUCCUUGAUGGAUCAGCUGCCGUGAUUCCUCCUGGUGACCAGGAAGCUGUCCGAAGUGUCCCUUUCUAUUCAGUGGCUCCUCAGCCUAUCGGUCCAGGAGCCGGCUUUGCACCUCCGGGAUUUUCAAAUCCGUAUGGAGCUGAACCGUCGCCGCUGUAUUUAGGGUCAGCGCUGCCGCCAGGAGGGCCGCCACAAGAAAUUGAGCCACGGUCAGAAGAGCAGACAAACCUGGAAACAGGAAUGCAGAGAGUUGCCCCGGAGUCUCCUUCAGCACCAGGACCAAGAUCCAGAUCUGCAUCUCAGUCUUCAGCACACAUGGGCUACGGGCAAAGAUCCCGAACAACUUCAGAGUCCUCUGCUCAUUCUGUGGGACGAGAGAGAUCCAACUCUGCAGCAAAACAGCCCUCUCCUCCUCCCUCUGCUGCUGCAGGGCAAGAGACUAAAAAAGAAAUAAAAAAGGAGCCAGCACCUAGAAAGACUGGUGCCAACUGGCUUCGCUGGCUGAUGGGAAAACCAAAGAAUGAAGCUCACCUUCCAGAUGACAAGAACAAAUCAAUUGUUUGGGAUGAACAGAAACAGCGCUGGGUUAAUCUAGAUGAACCAGAAGAAGAGAGUAAGCCUCCGCCGCCACCUCCAGCAGGAUUCCCUAAAGCUCCUCAGGCUGCUCCACCUGGACCUGGAGGCCCACCUAGUGCCCCUGUCAACAUGUUCUCCAGGAGAGCAGCUGGAAGCAGAGCCCGUUACGUUGAUGUCCUGAAUCCAAGUGGAACCAAGUCAAGUGGUGCUCUCCCUCCACCGUCAGAUCUGUUUGCCCCCUUGGCACCAAUGCCAAUUCCUGCAAAUGUAUUUGUUCCAAACUCAGUUGCAGGGGAACCUCAGCUGAUGGAAGGGAGCGGUGCAGCAGAGCACAGCCCGGCUGCACAUCAGACCAACGCAGACCCUGCUGCAGCUUAUUUAAACCCCGCAGUCCUUCCGCCUGGGUCUGGGCUUCCUGUUUCGAACCCCGAUGGCUCCCAAUCGGGCGAGCUUUCGCGCUCUAGUUCAAUGAGUUCAUUAUCACGUGAAGUAAGCCAGCAUUUUAAUCAGGCGGCCGGUGUACCGCCUGCGGGGGAAAAGUUCUACAAUCCUGCUCAGUUUGCACAAUCUCCCGCAGUCACUGGAAGUUCAAGACUGGGAGGAAGAAUUGGACAGAGGAAAUAUCCGGCAUUGAAGUAG